UUUGGGCCCUGCGCAGAGGGUCCGUGAAGGGGAGCGGCUGCCGACAAAGCACCGGGGAAGCCCGCAGGGACCCAGGGCGCGCCCGAGGGGAGAAGCCGCUUCCACAGCAGGCCCCGGGGAGGCGCGGAGGCCCAAGGCCGCGGCGAGGCGCAGCUCGCCGCCCCACGGCCGUCCGCCCGGGGCCUCACAGGAGGCGGGAGCAGCGUGGCCUGGCGCCACCAACAGGCGAUGAGCGCACCAGCGGCCCGCUGGCCGGCAGAAACGUCAUGAGGGAGCGCCGGCAGCCCGCGAGCGCCGGCCUCCGGGCUGGCUGCGGAGAUGGAGGCGGUGCGCCGCGUCCUGCUGCUGGGGGAGGGCAACUUCUCCUUCGCGGCCUCCCUGUGCGGGGCCGCGGGGACCUACGUCGUGGCCACUUGCUACGAGAGCGAAGAGGAGGUGUCCGGGCGGGGGCGAGCCGCGGAGAGCAUCCGGCGGCUGCGGGAGAGAGGAGCUGAAGUUAUGUUUUCCGUGGACUGCACCAAGCUGAAGGACUAUUUUUUCCCAGAAAAAAGAGAAUUUGAUUGUAUUUAUUUCAACUUCCCUCACUGCGGGAGAAAGGCUGGGGUAGUGAAGAACAGAGAGCUUCUUGCCCACUUUUUCCGUAGCUCUGCAGAAGUGCUGACAGAGAAGGGAGAGGUCCAUGUGGCUCUUUGCAACGGACAGGGUGGGACACCUGCUGAUCAACCGAGGAGAGAAUGGCACAACAGCUGGCAAAUAGUGGCUGUGGCAGCAGGAGCUGGGUUUAUCUUGAGUGAUGUUCAUCCUUUUAAAGCAGAGACUAUCCAUGGAUAUAAGUGUACAGGCUACAGGAGUCAAGAUAAAUCUUUCUGUGUAGAGGGUGCUUUAAACCACAUUUUCACACGAAGCAUGCCACUUCUGUAUUUCAAACCCAUGAUCUGCAAGAUAGAACUGGAAAGCCAAAAAGUUUAUUUUCAAGUACCAGAAGUACUUGUGGAUAAAAUUAAUAGGGGUUUCCUAGAACUAAAUUCAAAUCACCCAGUACGGACAGUAAAGAAGACGCUCACUGCAGAGCUCAGCCAAGCCUUUCCGUUACAAAACAUUGACUACUGCCUUUCUCUGCUCCACCGAGGUCACCUCAAUGGGAUUUGUCACUCAAAUAUCUUUUGGACCAUUCUGAGCCCAGAGGAUGCUCCAAGCACUGAAGAAAUGUCUAAUGGACUAGCAAAUGCAGUUUUAUUUUCCCAUGUUGAUUUUUGCAGGGACAUAGAUAGGAAUGGCUGCCCGAAUGUGCAAGAGGGAUGCCACAUGUCAAAAGAGUAUUAUCUUAGACCUUCCCUUCUACCUUAUGCUCAGGCAAUAAUACAAAGAGGAACUUUUGUCCCGGGGACACUUCAUAUUCUUUCUGGCCCAGUUUUCAGGAAGUGUCUUAUCGCUCCUUAUUGCAUGCCUGUUUUUCAUGAGAUGGUUUUUGUAUGUGCAGUUAACAGAGGUACAGAAAACAGCUGUAUCCAGAGGAUGGUGAAUAACAUUGAAAACAGCAUACAUUCUCUUCACCAGACUGUUUCUGGCUUUAAACUGAAUAUCAAUCUGCAGGAAGCAACGAGCUUUGAAACAACUGAGUUAAAUGACUUUGCUGCUUUUGAAUCUCAGCUUAGUAAAAUUCAAUACUUCAUCUGUAUGGAGAUAGAUGCUUCAGGCUUCUGUGAGAAAGGCGCCUGUGUGGGAAUUGUAAGGACAGCUCAUUAUGAACUAGUAAGCAGUGAGUUGGUUUUUGUCUUUGCUUCAUUGAAUCUUGACCUCCUAGCCAUGCUGAUCUGUGGAAUACCUGACUGGCGAAUGCUCUGGACAUCAGACACACGAUUCCUCUGUCAAUUUCCUAGAGGAGAGUUAAGGCUUUUCAAGAGUUUUUCUCUCUAUCCACCUUCCUAUGUGCAUGAUGUCAGCUUUUGGGUUCCUGAUGGGGAACAAUUUGAUGAACUUGCUUUUCACACCAUUGCUAGGUGGGUGUCAGGUGAAAUGGUCAUAUCCAUCCAGUUAAUCGACAGUUUUCAGCAGUCAGAGACUGGACGGAUGAGCCUCUGCUACAGGCUGACCUUUCAGUCCUGUGACAAGGCACUGAGCCGCCAGGAUGUGGCAGAGAUGCAGCUGCUCUUUCGUAAGGAAAUAAAACAACGCUUGCAUGUAACUCUUCGGUAGAGCAUUGUAUGUUGUUCUGAGGUGCUCGAGCAGCGUCUGCACUUGUUGCCAAUCUGGAAAAUGUGGCCUACCUCUCGUUGGACCUAACACCGUGUAUUACCGCAGUGCCUCUUACAAACGUGGUGUGGACUUCAAGUACCUGCACACAUUCUAAAUGCAGAAAUCCCUGUUAAUGAAGACCAAGCACCUUCCUGUUCUGCGCCUGGGUAAUGAAACCUCAUUUUAAAAACUGGAGCCUUUCUUUGCUAGGGUCCUGUGAGACCGGACUUGAUCUCCUUACUGAUGCCGAUUCAAUUUUCCUACUCUUGCUUGUCUUUGCCCAGCACCUGGUACCGGUGCCGACUGUAUCAAGUACACUGGAAGAGGGAGGAACUGAACUGUUUCCAAAGGGUCGUGUACAGUUUGAGCACUGAAAACCCUCUGCGCAGGUGCUCAGUCGCUAUGGGAGGGUGGUGUGUGUCGGGCUGCCAGUGCCAGGGGUGCACCCGGUGGGGCCCCGGCCGCGUGUGCCAGCAGACUCUUUCCUGAGUAGCUAAUACAGACAGUAAUCACAAGUGGUACUUCCAUUACUAGAUUCCAAAGGCCACUAACUGGUCCUAAAAGCUAGCUGUGCCACCGGUAGUGCGUUAAUAGCUUCAGCAGAUGUAACUGCUGACGGAGAACUCCGGAAACAGACCGAGUUACUGGAAUUUGUAGGAUUAUGCUCUGGAAAGGCAUCAGUAGCAUGGUGGAUAGCAAUAGGUCUUUCUUUUAACAAAUGUUAAAGACUCUAAGACCUGAGGUCAUUGCUGACGCUG